CUGCAGAUGCGAGCAAAACGUUUUCGUAAGCCUCACAUUUACUUGUGCUCGCUGUAUGGUAUAUGAUUUCUCGGCAAAGUUCUUCAAGUCCUACAUUUUCGCUGACGAGAAAUUAAUUAUCACUGUUGUCGCGAAGACCUUUGAAAAGUAGAGAGGUUGGAAAAUGCCUCCCGUAAUACCCGUCAAAUCGCUCUACGCGAUUGUCCUGGACAAGGUGACAAGCACUUUGUACCACUCGGCGGCGACGGGCAGCAUCAACUCCGAUGACGUUCGGAAACACCUGCUUCGAGUUCUCCACUCCGGCAUCCGCCAAGACCUGAUCUCCUCGGCCACCAAAAAGUACAAGGCCGACACUAACUUGGUGCAUUUCAGCGCCGCCUGCAAGUACAACACCUACAAGCUGUUCGACCUGAUCGGACUGGUCCUCGACGCGACCAUCAAACGCCUGCACCCCAUUGACCAGAACAGUUUCCUCUGGAUCAACGAGUGUCUCGAACUUUUCACCUGCUUGGAAAACUGCCAAGCGGUCGGUUUGGAGGAACUCAGCGUCCGGGUGCGCAUCAACCCGAGACACGACCUCGAGUUUGUCUCCAUCAUGAACAACACCUUCCACAGGGUGUUGUACAAAAUGUCCAACCUUCGGGUGCUCAUUUUGAGGAGCAUCUGCGACAAUGAAAUGCUGCGGCUCAUUGGGGAAAACUGCCCGAAACUUGAGCACCUGGACAUGACCUCGUCAUGGUUGGUUGACGACAGAGGAAUUAGACAGUUGCUGCUGAAGAACCCGAUGGCUUUCUACGAGAAUGACUAUUCGUCGAGUGUUGACUGCGAGAAAACUGCUUGCUGCGCACAUUUAAAAGUUGUUCGAAUUCAAGACACAAACACAACUGAGUUGGGAGUGAUCAUGCUGCUGCUGUUCAUUCCUCAGCUGCGCUCCCUCGGAGGUUUCAUUUAUUACAGGAAUGUGGGAGACGCAAUCCUCUCCCUUUUGGAGUGGAAGCCAUCGCUGUUUCUUAGACUGACUGACCUGUGGGACACCCACCUGCCCAAUGGCAAAGCAGACAAGUUGAUUUAUGCCCUUCCUGGUCUGCAAAGCCUCUACACAAGAGGCACCUAUUUGCCGAAGAUCUCGGCAUGGAUGUAUUUGACGUCUCUUACUAUCGACUUUGACUUUCGAGACUUCGGACCCCUCCUUGAGGAUUUCCUAGCGAUUUGUGGACCUCGUUUGCAGAAGUUGGCAAUUGUUGAUCAGGUGCAUGCAAUGAAUUUGGAAACUAUGUGCCAACUUUGUCCUGCACUCACCGAGCUUACAGCAAAAAUUUGUUGCGAAGUUAGAGACGGACGCUGGAAGAUGAAUCCUAAAUCUAAAAUGCCACUUUUGCAAAUAGCCAAAGUGCGACUGGAAACUGCGGAAGUUCUUCCCGCACUUCUGUCUUGCACCCCGGAGCUCACGAAUUUAGAAAUCUUUUACGAGCAGGACGGAUCGUCGCCCGACUUGGACGACAUCAUUCUGUCUCAAGCACUUCAAUCAGCGAGAAAUGCGUCCGACCCGCCUUGCUUGGAGUUGCUGUACAUUCGGACCGAGAGCUCGUUGGGCUGGCUUGGGCUAAUGGACCUGUUGACCUUUUGCCCAAAUUUGAAGAGUGUUGGCGAUCUCUACCAUUGGUCAGCACUGGAUCGAACAAGUUUGGAGCAACUGGAAGAGCUGACAAUUAUUAGAAACUGGGAUCUGACUAUCUUGUUUCAAGGAAUGAGACUAUCUGCUGGUAAUUUUUUAAAAAUGUAAUUAUAUAUAUUAUAGUUGACCGCUAUUGGAUUACUAUGGAAUGUUAAAGAAUUGGAAAAAAUGAAAUAAUUAAAUGUAUUUGUAAGGCUGGAUUUUGUAAUGCGAGAAGACUUUAAUGGUUAAAAAUUAAGAUUGCUUGGAGGCGAAAUAUACUUUGGCACCAAAUUUGAAGAAAUGAAAAGACUUGACAUUGUCGUACAUAGCAAUUAUUAGUAAGCAAUAUAUAUAUUUUGCAUGGCAACUGGGGAUGUUUGCUAACCAAUUAUUUGUGCCAUUUUGGUGUUCGGGUUUUAAUUUUUCUGGUGGAUGCAAAAGUGUGUGAAUUUUUAUUUUUGAUCUCUUAUUUUCAAUUUACUGAAUUUUGAAUUGUAUCUUUGCAAGGUACUUGGCAAAAAAAGAAUAGCAUGAUGUUAUAAUAUUUAAGGUACCUGCAACAAUGAAGACUAACAUAAUAUAAAUUUGUAGAAAGAUUUAUUUAUCUGUAAUGAUUUAAUGUAUUUUAAUUAAAAUUGCUGCACACUACCGCAUAAGAAUCGAGUAAUGGUUCAAGAUCAAAUUUAAGCUUUAGGGGCUGUAAUGUAAGAUGUUGGUUGCGCUAAUGAUGACUUGCUUGGUUAUGUAAAGUCUAAUUUUGAGGUUCACAGUAUGAGUUAAAAAGUGUUAGUUUUAGCGAGCAAGAAUUUUAAUUCAGAAAAUAUUUAAACGGAUGUAACUGGAUAAAAAAAAUCCAGUAGUGUGUAGUUCAUAUCCACAUUUUAAGUGUUAUAGAAUUAACAUUUUGAAACUUUAUUUGUGUUUAUGUCAAAAUUAUAGGUUCAUUUUACAAAUAGAGUGUAAUUUAUUGUGUGAUAACAGAGGAGAAUGAGUUUAAUUAAUUAAGACUGAUAUACUUGUGAUGUAUUUUUUCUUCAAUAUUUCUCGGAAGUAAGAGUUUAUGUAUAUAAUGAUGAAUAAUAAAAAUUCUCUUUUCUUCAAUAUCAAAGAUCAUUGUUUC